AUGGACAGCGAGUACCGGAUAAUACUGAAUGUAGGAGGAGUCCGACAUGAAACGUAUAAACACACCCUGAAGAAAAUCCCCGCCACGAGGUUAUCCCGAUUAACCACCAGCCUGGCCAACUACGACCCCGUGCUGAAUGAAUAUUUUUUUGAUCGACAUCCCGGGGUGUUUGCACAAGUGUUGAAUUAUUAUAGAACGGGUAAGCUUCACUAUCCACUUGAUGUAUGCGGGCCAUUAUUUGAGGAAGAAUUAAAGUAUUGGGGUCUGGAUUCGAGUGAUUGCGAGCCGUGCUGUUGGAUGACAUUAUCAGCGACGCGAGAUACACAAGAAGUCCUAUCGACGCUAGACAAAUUAGAUAUUGACACCUCCGACAAGAUCGAUGGACCGGAACUCUACAAACGCUUCGGCUGGGAGGACGACUACCACAACAACAGCCUCAGCAAGUGGCAGGUGCUGAAGCCGAAAAUCUGGAGGCUUUUUGACGAGCCCUCGUCUAGCACGGCAGCGAAGAUAAUCGCCUUCAUCUCCGUUGUUGUGUUAAUAACAGCAAUCACGGUUUUCUGUCUGAAAACACAGCCCGGAUUCCGGAUCCCCGAUAUCGAGGCGGUGCCCCUGAAUCGCUCCGAGCGCUCCGUGGCCCACCACAAAUACAAGGCCGUCAAUUUUCCCGUGUACAAGACGAAUUCGAAAGCCAGGCCUAUAUUCCAGUACAUAGAAGCGGGUUGUAAUAUAUGGUUUACAAUAGAGAUUUUGGUACGGUUAGUGUCCUGUCCGUCAAAGGUCGACUUCUUCAAGGCCCCGGUGAAUAUCAUUGAUAUUGUCGCGACGGCUACGUUCUACGUCGAUAUGUUGACGGCAGCCAUGGGCGCAUCCGCCGAUCUGGAGUUCUUCUCCAUCAUCCGCAUCAUGCGACUCUUCAAGCUCACCCAGCAUUCGCCCGGCUUGAAAAUAUUGUUACACACUUUCCGGGCCUCCGCGAAAGAACUCGGGUUGCUCGUGUUCUUCCUCGUGCUCGGCAUCGUCGUGUUCGCCUCGCUGGUGUACUACGCGGAAAGGGUCGAGGUGAACCCGGACAACCAGUUCCAGAGCAUCCCCAUCGGGCUGUGGUGGGCGAUCGUAACGAUGACCACCAUCGGCUACGGCGACAUCACGCCGAACACCUACCUCGGGCGGCUUAUCGGGUCGAUUUGCGCCCUGGCCGGUGUGCUGACCAUCGCCUUGCCCGUGCCGGUCAUCGUCUCCAAUUUUGCCAUGUACUACUCGCAUACGCAGGCUCGCGCCAAAAUGCCGAAGAAACGGAGGGGCGUGUUGAGCGCUGAACAAGUCAAACAACAACCCCAGCGGCCUGUACACGGCCACGGCCACGGUGCCCCGCCCACCACCAACGGCCCGAAGCGAAUGAUGGCCCACUCGCACUCCGGGAAUCUGAAGGGCGACGAGGCCAAGGUGCCCCUCGUCCAGAGCAACAACAACACCGCCCCGCACACUUUCAUU